GGUACUUUAUUAUUUUUUAAAAAAGUAUGCUAAUUUAGUAGUACUAGUAUAUUAGGGAUUGAUGUAUUUUUUAUUUAUUGUAUGUAGUAUUAUGUUGACUAUUAAUCAAUUAUUAAAUAAUUUUCGAAAAAGAAAAAUAAAACGUAAUAAAUUAAUCGCUUUAGCGAAUGCUCCACAACGUAGAGGGGUAGUUUAUAAGUUGGCUAUUAUGUCUCCACGUAAACCUAAUUCAGCAAAACGUAAAAUUGCGAAAGUUAGGGUUAUUUUUAAUAAACAUAGAAUUUUUGCUUCUAUACCUGGUAUGGGUCACAAUCUACACGAAUAUUCUGUUGUUAUGAUGCGUGGAGGAAGUGCUAAUGAUUUACCUGGAGUGAACUAUACAUUAAUACGAGGUGUACUCGAUUUUUCUUACAAGGAAACAUUUUCUAGAGAGGCUCGUAGAUCAAAGUAUGGUGUUAAACUAAAAGAUACUAUACGUUAUAAGGUUAAAAUAUCUAGGAUUAAUAAAAGUUAAAUUUAGUGUAAUUUUUUUUAUAGAUUGUAAAUAUAUAAUUAAUAAAACAUAUAUAUAUAUAUGAUAAAAAGUAAUGAUAAUAAUUUAAAAUUAAUUAGAAAAUUGUUCGUUUCUACAUUAGUUUGUAAUGGUAGAAAAU